GCACUUCUCUUUCAGAUAAGGUCUGAGUGUGUGACCUAAUUCUUUGAGUAUAGACAUUAAUCUGAACGUUUUUGCAAUGCAUUUGGGAAAAUAUUUCAUAUUUUUCUGUGUCUAUCUACUUGUAAAUGUUACACAGUGUUCUCAAAAGAAGGGCGUGGCUCACUGGGCAAAAAACUACAUGUGUAACGAUUUUAAAGCCCUAAAUAACAUGUCUUGGUGGUAUGACUGGCGGAUGGACCUCAACUAUUUCCACCAACAUCAUAUUUGCUCAGAUUCAAUCGAUUCUUACAGGAAUACGUACGUUCCAAUGGUCUGGAGUCACUACAGCAACACAAAGAUAAAUAUAGCAAACGAAGCGCAGUUCAUUCUGGGAUUUAAUGAACCGAAUCAUAAGGAUCAGGCAAAUUUGACCCCUCAACAGGCUGCGGCAGCAUGGCCAGAUAUGGAACGGAACUCAAAAGGCAAACCGCUUGUAAGUCCUGCGGCUGCACCAUGUGGAGCAAAUUGUAAUCACGGCGAAGCAAUCAGCUGGUUCGACGAAUUUUUUCGACAUUGUAAUGGUUGCCGUGUGGACUAUCUUGCCACGCAUGCGUACUACUGUAACGCCGAUCAUACAAUGCACUUCCUCCAAAACUUGUACCAUAGAUAUGGUAGAAAGAUAUGGCUCACAGAGUUUGCAUGCAGCAACACUGCCAAUCCCGAGAAAAUAUUAAACUACAUGAAAGUAAUUUUACCGCGUCUCGAGGCCGCAAACUAUGUUUUCAGGUACUCCUGGUACAUGGCGAGAAUCACAACCUCCGGCCAUUUUAUUAACUCCGCCUCCAGUCUUCUCGAACCUCAUACGUCAACUCUCACAACGCUAGGCCGCUUCUAUAACGAUUUCCAAGGCCAUACUUCGGCAAUUGUUGGUUAAAUAUCUGUAUAUGUAAUAAAAUCUAUAAAAUCCUU